GUGACAUUAGAGUUGUCCUACACCCAAUGCGGACUAGGUCUUAGCUGUGAGGUAUUUUGAAAUGAAGGUCGUUGGUGUCUGGAUGAGUGAUUCUAAAGUAGACAGCAUCGGGCUUAAUACUCUUUUACGCGAGAAGAGAAGUGAUCUUCUAUUUAGAAAGAUCAAUCCGUGUAUUAGUGUAUCGGAACAAGGACCGUUUGACGUAAUCCUUCACAAAAUACCGGAAUUUUUGAGCGGGGAUUCCAGUAAACAGAGUCGAAAAAUUAUAGAAAAUUUUAUCAACUAUGCAAAAAGUAAUCCUCAUGUUCUGUUCAUAGACUCACCAAUAUCACUCAAGUGUUUGUUAACACGUCUUAAUCAGUUUUCUUUGCUCCGAGACAUUGUAGCGAUGUCGGAUAUAAGAAAUGAAAUAUUUGUGCCCAAAUUUUGCCUCUUACCACAAAAAGACCCUACGAAAUUAUAUGACGCUGGUAUUUCUUACCCUAUAGUUUGCAAGUCACUAAUGGCCCAUGGAAAUGACAAUGUACAUAAGAUAGCUAUUGUUUUCAAUGACUCAGGUCUAGAUCAUUUAACAUAUCCCAUAUUUGUUCAGCAAUUUAUUAAACAUAAUGGAAAAGUUCUUAAAUUAUUUGUAGUCGGUGAUCAUAGUUGUGUUACUGAAGUUCCUUCCAUCAAAAAUCACGACAAAUCUGCAGAUAGAACUCCAAUAUUUUUUCAUUCACAUAGUGUAUCGAAGGAUGGUUGUCAAUCACCUUUAUCUGAAUUGAGCUCAUUUUCCGAUAAACAAACGACAACCCCAUAUGAUGAGUCCCUAUUCGAUAUGUUGGCACAUGAAGUUCGAAAAACGCUCAAAAUUGAUUUGUUUGGGAUAGAUCUCAUUUGUGCAACCGAAAAUUCCAUAUCUGAUGCUCUCUCGAAAUCAAACAAAUACGCUAUUAUCGAUUUAAAUAUUUUUCCAAGCUACAAGAAUGUGCAUGGGUUCUUAUUUUAUUUAGAGAAUCUAAUCAGGGAAAAACUCUCCUUGCCUUUACUUUCGAAUGAUAGUACCGAUGUCCAGAAAUAACACAAAGUAGUGAUUUUUAUUAUUAUCUCGAAUACCUCGUAGCUGUUCGUAAAAACUGAAACUUACUUAUUUUUAUAAAACUUUUGUGAAACUAUUUUGAUUUCUUAAACAAUGGUUUAUAUUGCUUUUCCUUUAUUACUACGGUCAGGUUUUUCUAUUCUUUUGCAAUAUACUCACGCUUCCUUUAGCAUCGUUUGAUUGUACUACUGAUCAGCAGUACGCGUUAUAUUUAUGUUAAUCGCUACGAAUAAUAUAAAUUGGAACGAGU